UCCUCCGCAGUUCGCUCCUUGCCUGGGCUCAGACACACAGCCAGCCCGGAGCCGCCGCUCGGGCCGGGCCGCCGCCGCCUCUGCCUCUGCCGCCCCCAGAGCCGCUCGAGCCGCUGGAAGCGCCGCCGCCACAGCCGCGGGCCGCCCCCGCCGCGCCGGCCUGGGCUCGGGCUGCGAGCGCCGCCGCAACCGCAACCGGAGCCGGCGCGGGAGCCCGAGAGCACUGGGCUGGGCUGGGCUGGGGCGGGCGCAGGGCGCAGGGGCGGGAGCGCGGGGGAAGACGCACGGGCGGGCUCGGCUCUCCCGGGGAGCGGCCCGGGACUGCACCGGGACCCGCGCCUCCCCGCUCCGCGCUGCCCUCGGCCUCGCCCCGGGCCCGGGCGGAUGAGCCGUGCGCCCGGGGGACAUGGAAGCGCUGACGCUGUGGCUUCUUCCCUGGAUAUGCCAGUGCGUUACGGUGCGGGCCGACUCCAUCAUCCACAUCGGUGCCAUCUUUGAGGAGAACGCAGCCAAGGACGACAGGGUGUUCCAGUUGGCUGUAUCGGACCUGAGUCUCAAUGAUGACAUCCUGCAGAGUGAGAAGAUCACUUACUCCAUCAAGGUCAUCGAGGCCAACAACCCGUUCCAGGCGGUGCAGGAAGCCUGUGACCUCAUGACCCAGGGAAUUUUGGCCUUGGUCACAUCCACAGGCUGUGCAUCUGCCAACGCCCUGCAGUCCCUCACAGACGCCAUGCACAUCCCACACCUCUUUGUCCAGCGCAACCCUGGGGGUUCACCACGUACUGCCUGCCACCUGAACCCUAGUCCUGAUGGUGAGGCCUACACACUGGCUUCGAGACCACCCGUCCGUCUCAAUGAUGUCAUGCUCAGGCUGGUGACAGAGCUGCGCUGGCAGAAGUUCGUCAUGUUCUAUGACAGCGAGUAUGAUAUUCGUGGGCUCCAAAGCUUUCUGGAUCAGGCCUCAAGGCUGGGCCUUGACGUCUCUUUACAAAAGGUGGACAAGAAUAUCAGUCACGUGUUCACCAGUCUCUUCACCACCAUGAAGACAGAGGAGCUGAACCGCUACAGGGACACGCUGCGCCGUGCCAUUCUACUGCUUAGCCCACAAGGGGCUCACUCCUUCAUCAAUGAGGUAGGUCAUGGGAGCUGA